AUGGGAACUCGAAGAGCAUGUCUGAGGAGCUCUGGAGCUGCUGUCUUGCCUUUCCAAGUGGUAAACCAUGGUCCUCCUCCAACUUCCACUACUGCCAUGUCACUCAUCAUGGAGUUAAUUAUUUGCCCGCGAGACUGCAAAAUCAAAAUGGUGGCCAGUGCGGUUACUUGCGAGUGUAUUAGGGAUAAUAAGCACAUGUUAAAGGGGGUAGAUUUGCAAAUGUUUAGUGAGAAUGAAGAUGAAUUACGUGGGAAAAGUGAAGUGGUUGUUGAAGGAAAGAAAAAGGUGAAAUUUAUUGAGAACGAGAAAGAAGAGGAAAUUGAAUUGAGGAAUGAGGAUGUGGAGAGCAAGGAAGGGAAGGAGAAUGGUGGUGAUAUGGAAGAGAAUGGAGGUCCAUUAAAGAAGAGGCUGAAAAGAAUUGAUGAAAAAAUGAUUUAUGAUGAGAUUGAUAUUACACUAGAUAAGGUAGUGCUUUGGGAGAAACGCAAGAGGAUUAGAAAGAAGAACGGGUGGAUUGAUUUGAGUGAAAGACUCAAAUUUUUAGCAGCAAAAUUUGUUUCCAAAACUCCAAUUAUUGCGUCUUGUGCGAAUGGAAUCAUGGGAAAAGAUGCUCUUAUUGAUGAAUAUAAAGAGGUUAUGAUGGAUGACUCUUGGGGUGAUGGCAAAUCCAAUUCAGAUUUUGCUAUCAUUUUGACUGUAGGGUUUCUACCAGGACUAAGAAUUGAUGCUAUUCUGCUGGUGGUACCAAGAAAGCAGGCACAUCGAGUGACAAUUAUUGAUCACUGUGUGAUAAAUGUAAGGGAUUAUGUAUCUUCUGUUUCAGGUUCAACAUCACCACUUGCAAUUAUGAUGUUUGGAGUUUUUGGAUCCAAGCUUCAGAAGAAACUGGAGGAUGCCAAUCCGUUUAUAGUAAGGUCUGGUGCACUAGGCUGUGAAUUCUUAAAGAAUUUAGCAAUGAUGGGUGUUUCAUGUGGUGAACAAGGCAAGCUGACAAUAAAUGACGAUGAUGUGAUAGAGAAGAGUAACUUGAGUAGGCAAUUUCUCUUUCGUGAUUGGAACAUUGGACAGGCCAAAUCCACUGUCGCUGCUUCGACUGCUUUGCUAAUAAAUCCCCAUCUUAAUAUUGAAGUGCUGCAAAAUCGUGUCGGCCUUGAAACAGAAAAUGUGUUUGAUGACACCUUUUAG